AUGGCCAAAUCAGCAUCUCAUCUUCCUGUCUCAGGAAAUGUUUCGGCGGAUUCAGCAUUCGACACCAUUGUUACCUUCCUGUUGCUAGCGUUGUUUUGCGAGUUGCUGACUGACAUCCGAAAGAGAAACGUUCGAAUCAAGUUGGAAGGAACUCCUUCUGGUCUUGACAGGCUUUAUGAGCGAAUGUUGAAUCAAAUUAGCGACUCGGAUGAUGCCGAUCUUUGCAAGUAUAUCCUCAGUGUUAUGAUGACCGAUUACCUCACCAUCACACAUGAAGAAUUAGCAUCUUACAUCGACGUAUCUUGA